UGUUUCCAUAAUUUGAUCUGGUUGUCAUCUCAGAAACCCAGAAGCUAUAAGCAAAACGACGAAACUACUUCCAGCCCAGUUUCGAAUUCAUGCGCACAAUCCCACCACCAAGUGCCGUUUGCAAUUUGUGCAGUGUUUCAUGCAUUGAACACGUUAGGGUCAUUCCUCAGUAUGGAAUGUAUGACACGUACUCAAAACCAGCUUUACUCAUUACCCCACUGUUGUUUUUACUUUGUUUGGACCAUUGCAUGUAUAAAUUUCCCACCUUUGGUAUUAUUUUCCUGUGGAUUCUGCUGCUUGAGGCUCUGCAGCAUAAAGGGGUUCCAAACUUAUGUUUAAUUCCUCAUUCAAUAGCUUCAUAGAUCCUCUGAGGGAUUUUAACUAGUGAACGAACCCGGCUCAUUUUGAGCCAGGUUGGUUUGAAAAAUUUAGUUUUUUUAAAGUUGGAUCAAACUCAACCCGAGACACUUAACCUAUGAGUUAAAUAGGUUCGAAUCAAGUUGGUUGGAGUGUUAGACGAUUAUGGAUUUGGAGGAUAGACUAAGUUCAACAGAUCCACAAGGUUUGGCUGACAAAGCAACUGCAGAACCUGAAGUUGUUUCAAAAAAGAAAGAACUACCAUUACGUUUGUUUUUUGGGAAUGGUCCAAGAGUCCACAAGAAAUUAUGCAUAGCAUGGGGUGUGACUGACAGACGCUGUAGACAAUGUGGUAAAGUUGGACAGCUAGUUUGCUUUUCCCCAAACUUCCGAAAAUGGGCUUUAAGGAGAGUAACCGUUGAAGAGCUCAAUCAAACUUGUAAUAGAUGUAAUGAACGUGGACACCUCGAUCCGGAUUGUGAUCUCUCUUUUACAACUCAAAAAUCGACUGAAAUUCCUGUUCGCAAAAAGAGGUCAGUGCAUUGUGGAUUGUGUGGUAAAGUUGGACAUAACCGAAGGACAUGCUUGCAAGCAGGACGUGAUUGAAUGUUUAUGGCUACAAUAUGUUAUCAAGAAUAUCAGUACCUUUUUAUCUUUUCAUUUCUCAACAUUCUCUUUUGAACCUUUUCAUCUUAAAUAGACUGAUUAUAAAUAGAGAUUUGGUUCUUCCUAA